GAGUGAAAGAAGUGCCAUAUUUAAACUUAGAACGGAAAUCAAAUUUUAAACUUAUAAAUAAUCCUUGUAAAAUCAAAAAAAAAGAGAAAAAAAUGUCAAACUCUGGAGUUAAUACUGGGUUUGCAAAAUGUUUUAUAUUUUUUAUGGCAGUUGUGAUAUUGCUACAAGGCGGCGUGUAUUUGGGUCUAUCAAUAUGGGGUAUAACUCUAAGACAAUGUUCCAAGGAGACUACAGAUAUAAGCAGCAAACCGUUCCAAUUUGCUAUGGAUUUGAUAUAUUUUAUGAAUGAAGAUUGUGGGAAACCCUCUGUAUCAGUAUCUGAUGUGCCAGGGGUUAUAACCUUGGAUGUGGAUUUCAACAAGGCAGAGCCGGUUGAGAAUCGUACAUUUAUAUUUAUGAUUACAUAUGCUGUUAUAAGUACUCUAUGGGUUGUGACUUCGUUGGCAAUUAUUACAACUCUAUGUGGUCCAGUUACGAAAACUAUAAAUGGACUCUGUUUUUGGCCCUGGUUUCUUGUUAUAAUGGCUGGCUGCGUUUUGGAUGUUGUUGCCACUGGUUAUCAUAUACAUGAUAUUAUUAAUACAACGUCUGUGCAGAAAACAUUUGAAUAUUUAAGUAUAACGGCUGACACAAAAGUUAUAGAAGUCUUGUCUAAUUUUGAUGCCUAUUUUAUAACACCAGCUGUGGUUAUGACAUGUAUUGGCUCUCGAGUUAUUUUAAUUUGGUUAUUAAAUAUCUUUGGAUCGAGCUUCUGUUUGUCGUUAUCAAAUACGCUGUCGAAAAGGAAUUCGUCAAAACAAAGUAGUGUAAAUAGUUUGGCCACUACUAGUACUGCUCCUGUUACCAGUCCUCAGCGACAGCUCCGUGAAGAAAUUUCUCCAGUACAAACUAAAAACCAGCCACAAUCAUCACAGCAACAACAAUCAUUGGGAGUCGACGAACGAUCAAAACCAGCAUUACCAUCUUUACAAAUUCAAAAUAUCCAAAGACAAUCAUCCAUGCCGCCUCAGACAAAUCAAAACUCUAGAUCCUAUAAUGUGCAGUCACCUACUGUACCGGUUGCAAAUAUAUAUCCCACAGCUCCUUCCCCCAACGAAUCACAAUCUAAUAGUGACAUGGCAACUACUUACCGCAAUACUGAAACACAUCCAGAUAGAUUAAAUUACCCUCUACAACGUAAUACAUCGCAAUAUCAUCAGGAAUUAUCACCCAUAUCGCCAUUGAAUAAUCGUUAUUCAACCACCAAUGAAAGCUUCCAAUUUCCAAUGCAAAAUCAAAGAGUAAGCGAAGAGUUAAGAGGACAAUUACCUUGGUCGUAUACUAGUAUGCCACCACCAGUGCCCAAGAAACCCCAACUGCAAGUUUAUCCCGAAAUUCCAACGCCUGAUUAUGGCCAUUAAAAAGCCAAUUGAUGGAGGAUUGUUAAAGAUGGAUAUAACGUGUAUAUAAAAGUACGUUUGUAAAUUAAUGUUGCUUAAUAAAUAACUAAAUAAAUUCUCUUGUAUCGUGAUACAUUGA